CUCAAAGAACCACUGUUUUGUGGCAAUGCUAAACUGCAUUCAAGGUAGUGAGAUGUAGCUUUGGUAGCUUGUCCACAGUACUAAAUUAUUGACCCAGAUUUCCACUAGCGAUGUAGUUAAAUGUUUAGGGCGGGUGAAUAGAAGUCUUUCCCCAGUCCUUGUCGACAGCAGACUGGAACUAAGUCGCGCUUUACGGGGGCGUUCAGCCUGCAGCAGAACUUUUGCAGGGACUUUGUUCAAAGCUUAAAUUCACGCUAAAACAGCUACAAUGGAGAUUCAGGAAGGGGCAACGGCAGCAGGCGACAGCGUGCUUGACUUUUCCCGUAUGAGUCUUAACACUUUUAACGCUAACAGCAUUAGCGAAGAGAGGAAAAGGGACACCAGACAACUCUACCUGAACUACAACCGGUUAGCCUCGCUGCCCUCGUCAGUCAGCCUUUUCUGCAAUCUCGAGUUUUUGGACAUCAGCAACAACGGACUGUCGGCCAUCUGUGAGGACAUCACCAGACUGAGCAGGCUGAAAACACUGAUAGCCAAGAACAACCGCCUGGAUGAAUUUUCGCUGCCCAAAGAGUUCGGCUCUCUGCAGUUGGAGGUGUUGAACUUCAGUGGGAACAGAUUUGAGGAGAUCCCACUUCAGUGUACGAAACUCCUGCGUCUGCAGUCCCUUUCACUCGGCGGAAACAGACUGAGAAGUAUACCUGCAGAGAUAGAAAAUUUAACCAGACUGGAGCUGUUGUAUCUGGGUGGGAACCUCAUCUCAGCCAUUCCUCCAGAAGUGGCUAACCUGCCCUACCUUAGCUACCUGGUCCUAUGUGACAACCGCAUCCAGAGUGUCCCCCCGCAGCUCACCAGGCUCCACUCGCUGAGAUCUUUAAGUCUGCACAACAACUUGCUCACUUACCUGCCGAGGGAGAUCCUCAGCCUGGUGCACCUGCAGGAGCUCAGUCUCCGUGGCAACCCUCUGGUGGUGCGCUUUGUCAAGGAGAUGACCUAUGACCCCCCGUCACUGCUAGAGCUGGCAGGACGUACCGUUAAGAGCCGAAACAUUCCCUACUUCCCCUGUGACCUGCCCUCAAACCUGCUGCGCUACCUAGACCUGGCCAGCAAGUGCCCCAACCCUAAGUGUGCCGGCGUCUACUUUGAUUCAUGUGUGCGCCAGAUCAAAUUCGUGGACUUCUGUGGAAAGUAUCGGCUGCCCCUCAUGCACUACCUGUGCUCCCCAGAGUGCACCUCUCCCUGCAGCUCCAACCCGCAGAGCGAUGCAGAUUCGGAGGACGAGAGCAGCGUGCCCGCCUACCGCCUGCAGAGAGUGCUUCUGGGAUAGUACGACACAGACGAGCCUCUGGCCAAGCCUAGCCUUGUCAGUCCGUCACUCUGUUCAGCAUUUAUACAGGGACUAACAUGACUGUCUACAAAGUUCUGCCCAAACACGUGUACUCACGAGCACACAAACACCGAUACUGUGGCUGUAUAUAAUGCACAACAGAGUGAGACAGCAGUCCCUCCUACUGUGGCCCUGAAAACAUGUUUUUGGAAAGAAAUCCAUUCCUGCCCUCACCACACAUCAUUCUGCUUAACACGAGUUAAAGGAAACCUCAUAUUUCCCGUGUGUCAGUCAUGACCUCCUCAAAGUGCUGCUCUCAUGUUUGAACAUAAGGGGGCAGUAAAACUCAGCGAAGACUGAAGGAGUUGUGGGGUUCUUUUUCCUCUUCAGGGCUGUAUACUUGUUAUCUUUAAUACAACAGCUGGUGCUAUUCAGUAGCUACAGCACAUUGUUUAGCAUAUUCUUAAAGUUAGGAUAUGAACUGUGUGGUUAUUGUCCAACUGCUGGUCACAUGCAGCUUUCUUUCACUUAAAUUCCCUGAUGCUAUACCAAAUAGGAAAAAGGUCCGGGAUUUUAUUUGGGGAAGCUACAUUAGUUUUACACUAAAGCUUCCUAAUUUGAUUGAGUACAGUGUGUGAGAUGGCCUUAUUAGCAUUUUUAGCAGAGGUCAAAGCUCUCCCACACCACAGUGGAGGAUCAAGGCUUAUCUGUUAUUGGUCAUUGCACACCAGCCCUGAAAAAUGUUUACUGAUGGCAUAGUAGUUUUGAAUUAACCCAAAACAGAUUAUGUGAGUAUAUGGAAGAGUGGAAGAAAGUUUGUCCAGGCUUACUCACAGGAAGUGGAUGUGGGGUGGACCGGGAGAAAACAUUGACUGUGCUAGCCCCGAAACAAUAGCUAUUCAGCAAAGCACAGUCGCAGCCUUCAUGUUUAUGUUGAAGGUCGUCGGUUUUCUCUGAGCAUAAUAUAGAUGUGUGUGAAUGGAGCCAAUAGCCAGAGAUAGCUGUUUAGUUUUUUGUUUAGUUUUUUUUUUUUUUGUUCAGACUGAUUCUUUAUGAGACAGAAACUCCUUCAUUUUGAACAGGAAAUGGCCGUUUCUGUUCCUGGUUACAUCUUUGUUUGGAAAGCUAGGAGACUUUAUAGCCUCAGUGACGGUUUGUGUCCAUUAGUUAGGAGGAAAACCUCCUACUGGCUUAACAUUAGACCUUAUUGUUUAGAAGGCAGAAGAAAACUACUCGAUGUUACAAUAAUACAUAUACUAGAGCAUUUAAGUGCCUUGCUAAUGGCGAUUUCUAAUGCAGGGAAACCGAGUAUGAAGAAAUGCGAUAUAUGUGCCCUAAAAUGUGACAAGAUUAAUAUUAUUAAUUUUAAGUCCUUUUUGAGUAAUUUUUGUACUUAACUGCUUAUAGUCAGAGAGGAAGUAACCUUUUUAUAACAAAAUGAACAGCUUUUAUAGAAAUCCUUUUUCAAAUGUUUAGCACUGUAUAUUUAAAUGACCUGCAGAAUAGAUGGCACUUAAGCGGAAAGUAUAUUGAGAUAUAUUACUGGUACUUAUACCCUACUCAUAUAAUGUAAAGUAGAUUGUACAGUAUAUGAUAACAAUAAAAAAACUGAUUGUAAUAUCA